UUGAAAAGCGUCGGACAACAACGAAAGGGCAUAAUAUGCACGAUGUCAAAUAGGCAAAAUUAUCGAUUUGAUUUACUGUGAUUAUAGACAAUGUGGGUCGCCAGGCGAUUUCUGUCGUCGGUUGCUCAGAGAGGUCAGUAUGCGGGGCAGUCCGGCUUAUUUCGGCGCCCUCAGCACGGCUCCCCCCCUGAGCUGGAGCUGCGGUAUCUCCAGUGUACCUGUUGCUGGAGGAGCCGAGUUCCCGUGGCAGGCUUUGAGACCCUGAACGCCACCAUCUCCCCUUCUUCCUUCGAGCCCUGCAAAGAGGACAGCAGCGCGCCUCUGGACGCCUGCUACACCCCCGAGCAGCGGGACGCCAUCCUGCAGCUGCUCAACAACGCCUCACCGGCGGAGCUGGCCGGUGUCAAGAUGCUGAGAGGCCGCAAGUCGCUCAACAUUGUGGAGUACAGGACAAAAAACGGACCUUUUAAAACGCUGGAGAGCGUGGUGAAUGUCCCACUGCUCAAACACAAAAGCGCCGUCGUGGUCUUCAACGCCAUCCUCAACCCGGUGAAGAAAAAGAAAGUGAAGAUUCAGCUGGCAAAGUUCAUCAGGCCGGAGGUGGACAGGUCCUGGUUGGAUGAUGCUAAUACCAUAGUGUCACUAGUAUGUGGGACUAAUAAAGUCGCCUGGGCACAUGUGGACCGUGGGAUGGCAGUGCUGGACUGGCAACAGCAUGACUGUCCUAAUUUCUUGAAGGGAACAUACAUGGCCUCUGCAUACUUGAAUGAUGUCUCUGCAGUUGUGUCACUCCUACCAUCUGCUGACUUCUACAUAAUAGAGAAGCCAUCCAUCUCAGUCCAGAAUACGGCUCUGUUCCCUAUCAUGGCCCACAUGAGGACUGUGGAGGCCAUGCUGUUUGCUCUGCUGGAGCCAAGAAACAUCCCAGUGGAGACCAACAUACCUCCCAGAGUUCUGAACAUGAUGCGUACCGCUGUGGGACGUCACUUUGGACUGAUGGUGGGCGAGUCACGGACCAGCGGUGCUCAGACAGUGCGACAGCUGAUGACGGAGUCGGUGACACAGAAGUUUCCGCGAAUAAACUUCCCCCCGGACCUGCUGAUGAAGUACAGGAAUUCGUUCCAGAUGGGCAGCAGCAGAAGAGGAGGAGAGCAACUGUGUGAUGCCCUGCUGCAGGCUGUGGCUUUUUACGAGCUGCUCAGUGAAUCCAGUUGAGCCGUGAUGUGGACUGAUCCGGCCUCGCACUACAUCCACUAAGCUGAACACUAGAGGCAUCCUGAGCCCUUAAACAUAUUGACCUGACCAGAAAACCACAUCAGUACCUCGACAAGACUUCAAAAACAAUAACUUAUAAAAAUAGAGAUUUUUAUUUACUUUUCAUGGAUGCACUUAUGUGUGAAUAAAAACAUGGACAUAUCUCAACUGCAACAUAAUGUUCACAGUAUUUUGAUGAAUGAAAUGAUGAAAUGCAUAGUAAAAUAAAUACUGACAGUA